GUUCAGUUCUCCCCACUGCUAACUAUACCGCUCGUAAUCAUGUCUGACGCUCCAGUCGCAGCCACCCCGGCAGCUCCCAAAACACCCAAAAAGAAGGCAGCAGCAAAGCCCAAGAAACCAGCAGCCCAUCCUCCGACCGCCACCAUGGUCAACGAGGCUAUCAAAUCCCUGAAGGACAAGAAAGGAUCAUCCCUUCAAGCCAUCAAGAAGUACAUCGCUGCCACCUACAAGGUCGACGCUGACAAGCUGGCUCCUUUCAUCCGCAAAUACGUCAUCUCCGCCACCGCCUCCGGCAAAAUUAUCCUCACUAAGGGCAAGGGCGCCGCCGGUUCCUUCAAACUCCCAGCCAAGGAAGAGAAGAAGAAGGUUGCCAAGAAACCCGCCAAACCUAAGGCAGCUAAAGCCAAGAAACCCAAAGCAGCCAAACCCAAGAAGGCCAAGACCCCGAAGAAGCCAAAGGCAGCCAAAUCACCAAAGGCCAAGAAAGUCGCCAAGCCACCCACCAAGAAACCAAAGGCACCCAAACCCAAGAAGGCCGCAGUCAAGAAAAGCCCAAAGAAGGCAGCACCCAAGAAGAAGUAAAUUUCUUCCAACCCUUCACUUCAAAACGGCCCUUUUCAGGGCCACCAAUUCUGAGCUAAUAGUUUUUAUCACAACUCCCUACAACCUACAACCUUAUCUCCUCAUUCAUACCCAACACUUAAGUCAUAUCUCCUUCCAAUAUUUCUUCACUCAACACCUAAAGGUGCAAAUCUUAAUUCAAUGAAUAUUUCUUUUGUAAAAAUUAGGAGGAAAGUCUGUACAGGAACUCAAGUUUCUAUAAUAACAAUAACUUCAGUCAGUACAGGGACUCGGGUUGAAGUACGAAUAUUGAAGGAGUCGAUUCUACGGUCCAAAAAAACGUUUUAGUCGUUUCAUCUUUCUUUCUAAAAACGCUUUCCAUGGAGCAUAACCCUGAGUCAUCCUGUAUAUUCGACAGUUCAACAGAGAAAUGAAAAAAAUUACCUUAUACUGAACCCCUUCCAUUGUAUCGGGCCGUUUCCGCAUCUCGCGUCGCUUUCAGGGAAGGGCAACAUUUAAACAAAAAUAUCAGAUUUUAAUAUUGCGAAUUUAAAUCGAAGAUAAAUGACGGUUUUCUUUAGCAACACCUAGGGUUUUGGAAGGAGAUUAUGAUCGGGUAAGUGAGGGGGUUUAAAAACUGUCAACGAAAUCUAGCGAAUUUUUGACUAUGCGAUUAGGAAUUUUACGAAUCUCACCGGCUCCUUCUGUUCAAGCCUCAUAAUACAUCAAGUUAAACAUAAUUUAUUUCAUUUUUUUACUAACCAUGUAUAAGGAGCAAUUCAUAUAUUAUCUGCUAAUUAAAGUGAAAAUUUAUGUCAA